GGGAUUUUGGCUACUCUUAGUGCAAUCAUUUCUGUAAAAUGCUAGCACAGACUUGUGUGACUUUUAUGAGAAGGGAGAAAAAUUUUACAUGGUUUUAAACAUUAAAUUAAACAUCUGAUUUAAUUUAACCCUCCCGCUUUCCCAGAAACAAUACCUUAGAGAACCAACUGAUGAAUUUGUAGCUGCAAGACUACAGUCUAAUUUUUGCAAAAUUUCACAAAAUAGCCUGUUCUAGAACAUCAUUAUGCUUUUUUUAAUUUAAAUCGUUCCACUAUAACUCUGGCUCCAUGAUUGCAGUAAAUCAUGAAGAUGAGCUAAAGCGUGGGGUAUUGCUCUAUGACCUGACUGUUUUGGACUUCCUUACAUGUGUUUGCUUUGCUGUUUGUUCAGACCUCUGAAGUUUUCACAGAACUCCUGGAUUUAUAUUGGAAUUACAUCUGACACCAGCAGAAUAAGAUCAUCAACUCUUUGAGAUCUAUGGAUAAGCUCGUUGGAAACAACACGACUACGGAGAACAGCUCCUUGAACAAGUGGACGCUCAAUGAACCAGGCUUGUUCCACCAUCGGGACCCCAGCGAACUCCGGGUCUUGGUGCCAGCCAUCCUGGGAGUCAUCUGUGUUUUAGGUGUGGCUUGUAAUCUCACCGCAAUGGUCAUCCUGUUCUCGAACGCCCACAGGGGCAAACUGUCCCUCAUCAACUCGCUCAUCUUCAACCUGAUGUUCGCCGACGGGCUGGUGCUGAUGUUCACCGUCCCUUUCAGGGCUGUCUCUUACUCCAGGGCGAGCUGGAGCCUGGGGUGGGUGGUGUGCAAGACGGCCGACUGGUUCCUCCAGUCCUGCAUGGUGGCGAAGAGCCUCACCGUGGCUUUCAUGGCGAAGGCUUGCAGCCGAUACGUGUCAAACCCCACCAGGCAGGUGAGCAUCCACCUGGGCUCCAUCCUGGUGGUGCUCUUCUUCAUCUGGUUGUCUGCCUGCUCCGUCACCAUUCCACUGUGGUUGUUUGCGAAGCUGCAGAGAGAGGUCCGUGGGCUCGUGUGUGUGCUGAUGUUUCCUCCUGAAGCUAAGGAGUUCAUGUCUGUGUACGUCAAAGCGUACCCCUUAGGGGUCUACUGUGCACCGCUCAGCUUUGCCCUGAUGUACUUCUGGAAGGCUUACGGACACUGCCAACGUCGCUCCAGUAAGUCUCAGAACCUGCGCACGCAGAUCCGUUCCAGGAGGCUCACCCUGAUGCUUUUCAGCCUGACCCUGGCUAUGGCUAUCCUGUGGCUUCCUCAGUGGGUGGUAUGGCUUUGGGAGAGGCAUCUUGCAGAGAAGGAAACUGAAGGAGUUCAGCCACUGACUUCCUCUCCUCCCCUUUUCCUCGCCCUCUCUGCUCAGCUGCUCACCUUCUCUCUGUCUUUGGUGAACCCUCUGAUUGUCCUCUUCCUCUCAGAGGAAUUCAGAGAGAGUUACCGGGGGCUGUGGAGGCGCCUCACCCUGCGUAAGCAGCCUCCACCUAAGCCAAAGCCCGGACCCCACAACCCUACCUCUCUCCAGUCCCCUUGCCCCAGACCGGAGACUUCAGGACAGCUGAUUGGAGAGAGAGGGAUUCAUUUCAGCUCCAGCCAGGAAACCAGCGGCAAGGCUCAACCUCCGCCGGACCACGGCAAUCCUGGCGAGGAAAAAGAGGCGGACAUGGUGAGCCUUAGAGACGGGGUUGUCUUGCCUGAUGUGGAGCAGUUCUGGCAGGACAGGGAGACUGGCUCGCACACGGAUGAAAACGAUCCGGUGCCGUGGGAGAACCAGACCCAAGAAGAGAAAAAAUAAUAACCAGCCAAUAUCCAACACACCUCUACCAACUGCUGCGACGUAAAUGACUGAUGUUCUGUCUUCUGUGUGUGCAAUAUUGUUCAAAGGUAAGACGUGUAAUCAGAGCGAGUGAGACCCACAAAUAGAGCAGCAGCAUCUGCAUAUGUGAUAACCUGUUGCAGUUUGUGAGGUAAUUAUUAGUACCUGUAAAUUAAAACUUUAUGAUAGGAUAAAAUAAUUUAUACAAACUUUCUUUCUACAUGGAUGAAGUACCAAAAACAAUGAAGUGUGUUUGCGAAUAAUUUCGACCUCGACUCAAGGCUCACGUGUAAAAUUCUUUCUUUAAUGAACUAAAUAUUUAAAUGUGCAUUGGUUGUUUUUAUGAUGAUUAGAAAGUGGUUUGCAUGCAACCGUCGAUGUGACAGUAAUUGGUCUCAGAUUUAUUUGCAACGUGUCUCUAAAUGGAAACUGUUUUCAAUAAAUACGCUGUGAAAAUGUG